AUGGCCGGUAAUAUUUGUCCAGAUAUUGUACAUAAGUUUGAAGAAGUCCCAUUAUCUGCUCGUACAAUAACAAGACGCAUUGAAAAUGUUGGUGACAAUUUAUUAAAUGAACUGAUAAAAAAAACCAAAACAUUUCAAUAUUUUUCGUUAGCACUUGAUGAAAGUACAGAUAUUGUUGACUCUGCACAGUUAAUUGUAUUUAUUCGAGGAAUUAAUGAAAAGUUUGAAAUAACUGAAGAAAUUGCCGCCGUCAGUACUUUGAAGGGGAAAAACUUUUUGAAUCGUUAG